GGUGUAACCGUGUAAGGCGUCUGCAAUUCCUCCAUUAAACUUCUAAGUUCGAACCAACUUCAACCGCUACGUUCAAGAAACAGGACAGAGGUCUGAGGACGUUGUUAACAAUGGCCACUACAACAGAUAGUGGGAUGCCUACACAGACUUUGUCAUCCUUGGCAUUGCCAGGUUCACAACAAAACAAAGGAUCAGCGGCCACUUCUGCUGAUUCAAAGCCAAAGAAGAAGAUCUGUUGCGCUUGCCCUGACACUAAGAGGCUAAGAGAUGAGUGCAUGGUGGAGAAUGGUGAAGCCGCUUGCACAAAAUGGAUUAAUGCUCAUAUUGAAUGCCUGCGUGCUGAGGGCUUCAAUGUUUGAAAUUGAAGAUUGCUAUGGUGAUAAUGAAGCAAAAGAUGAGACAGUCAUGUUUAUAGAUUGUAAGA